AUGGAGGCAAAUUUAGCUACAACAAUUAGCGUAGCCAUAACAAUUUUAGUAGCAGCAGCCUGCCUCAGUCUGGCUAGGUCUCAGAAAUCUGAAACCUCAGCUAAGACUUUCGAAAUUCCACCGCCUCCAGUAAAACUCGACAAAAACCUACGGCAAGCGUUGCUGAAAGCGCUGACGGAACUCGAAGCCGAAUCCGCGGAGCAACGAAAGGAUGAAGAUGAGAAAACCCUCAUUAUGACUAUUGAAAAGUCUUUCGAUGAAGUGGUAAAGAAGAAUCUAAAUAAGAACAUCGGCGUGAUACCGAAAGCUUCCUUCUCGUUCGAUGAUUUUCCAGGGGAUGAGGAAAUCCCCAAUGAGGAAAAAUUGCAAAAUUCGAGCUUUCUCGAGUCAAAGAAGUAUUCCCCGAGUUCGUCGGCGAUGAUAGAAAAGGCGAGUCACGAUGACGCCAGAAGCUACCACGUGCAGAACGUGGCUCGGUCAGAUAAGAGUACAACGCCUCGAACUGAAUCUAUAACGGUACCGAUGGAAAUAAAGAAAACUUCCGUAGGCUCGGCCACGGUUAGCAAGAUUGAGAGUAUCACGCUGAAACCGAUUACGCAAUUAUCAGAGAGCUUGACGCAAAGCGCCAGCAACGGAAUUACCAGCGCCAAUGCGCUAAUCGCACCAAAACCGACCGCAUCUAGUCCAACAGCUUCGCCUAGCAAUGUUACUUCGUCUUCUAGCACUAAUAAGGAAAAGUCUAGGGCGGAGGAAGUGAAAAUUUUCGAAGCGCCUCUGGUGGCGGCCUUUACAGUGCAACAGGAUGAACUUGGUAGACCGAAGAGCAUUGUGCCAAUUUACAGACAAUCGGGCGAUGGACAGGCUCUGACGCUUCAGGAACAGUUGGAGUUCAAGCAGAAAUUACUGGAGCAACAGCUGGUGGAGUUGCAACAGCAACAGAUCCAACAAACGCAGUUUCUCAUCAGGCAACGUCAACUUUAUGAACAGCAGUUGAGGCAGAAGCAGCAACAACUGUAUUUUCAAGAACAGACUAGAAUCAAGCACUUGGAGGAACAGACUAAAAUCAAACAGUUGGAGGAGCAGCGUUUGAAGCAGCUGGAGGAGCAGAGGAUCUAUCGUUUGCAUCAGCACAAUCAUUUUCCAUUGCUGCAGAAACCGCACGUCUUCGAACAGUCGAAUGUAUUGUCGCUUCAACCACCUCUGGAACCUACCAUUCAUCUUCAACCGAGUUUGUCUCUAGAAGUUCCCAGCAUCGCAGCGCCUCCAUUAUUUCGCACCAACUAUCAGGAGCAGUUGCAUUUCCAGCAAUUCCGUCAACAACCCCAACCACAAAUCCAACUUCAGCAACCGCAGCCUCAACAUCAGCAACCGCAGCCCCAACAUCAGCAACCGCAGCGAUUGCAACAGAAUUUUGUUUCAUUUCCUACCACGAAUGACUUCCAGCCACCCAUAGCACCGGCUACCAGAUUUAACAGACAGGAGGCCUUUAAUGCGGUCGGCAAUUUCGGUUUCAACCUGGAUAACAAGCAACCGCCUCCGUCGAGGAACGCAGUCAAUUUCAACGUGAUACCAAGGAGCCCUAAUACGUUCGUUUACAAUCCUUACCUGCAGUUCAGACAGACUCCAACAAGGGCGCAAACGCCCGCCAAACAGAUCCAGCGUUUGCUUUAUCAGUCAGGAGUCGCUGGCGAAUUAGGCAAUGUUCAAGGCCAAGGUAGCGAGGACCUCAACAUCGUGUCUAAGGUAUUAGCGCUGAAUGUUGGCGCGUUGCCCAACCAGAACUAUCAGUAUACGAAUAAUCGCGUCAAAUUGGGCAGCGCGUGA